GAUCGAUUAGACAACGAUGGCGCUCCGAUACAUGACACACGUGUUAUAUAGGCAAUCUACUGUGAAUUUCUUCAAAAAGUAUCAAGCCGGCGUUCGGUUAAUAUCCUUAAACAGUAUCAAUUCAACAUCAAUACGAUUUAAAACAAUGGCAGCCCAAUACAUUCCCGUUGAAAAAGGCGCACCAAAUUCACCAAACUAUCGCGUUUAUUACACCAAUAAAAAUGGAAACGCAAUUUCACCAUUGCAUGAUAUACCAUUAUAUGCUGAUGAUACGCAAAAAGUCUAUAACAUGGUGGUAGAAGUACCAAGAUGGACCAAUGCAAAAAUGGAGAUAUCUCUUGCCGAAACACUAAACCCCAUCAAACAAGAUGUUAAGAAAGGAAAACUUCGAUAUGUUGCCAAUUGUUUUCCACACCAUGGUUAUAUCUGGAAUUAUGGUGCCUUUCCACAAACAUGGGAAAAUCCCGAACACACAGACCCAUCGACCGGCUGCAAAGGUGACAAUGAUCCAAUUGAUGUGCUCGAGAUUGGAUCACGUGUUGCAAAACGCGGUGAGGUCCUGAAUGUCAAAAUCCUUGGUGUUGUGGCUCUAAUUGAUGAAGGCGAAACUGAUUGGAAGGUCAUUACUAUUGAUGUAAACGAUCCAAAGGCAAGCGAAGUCAAUGAUAUUGCCGAUGUUGAAAAAACAUUCCCAGGACUGUUGCGAGCAACUAUUGAAUGGUUCAAGAUUUACAAAAUCCCAGAUGGAAAGCCGGAAAAUGAAUUUGCUUUCAAUGGUGAAGCGAAAAAUGCAAUAUUCGCAACUGAAAUCGUGAACGAAACACACGGAUUUUGGCAGUCAUUGAUCAAAAAAGAGGUUGAAAGCGAUAAAAUCUCUUGCGCAAACACCGCAGUGGCUGAUUCGCCAUAUGUCAUUUCUCAAGCCGAUGCCGAUCAAGCAUUUAAUUCAGCAGCUGAAGACGGCGUAGCUGAACCCAUCCCAGACACAAUUGAUACCUGGCACUACAUCACACUCUAAAUUAAAUAUGUAUUCAAAUAAACACACAUACACCGGUUGGACGAGACAUGGUCGGAAUGGUCGGCGUUACGCCACAAUUUAAUUGAAUCUGAAAUUAAAUUAUCUUUUUCAUUAGAACAAACAAUAAACGUAAUAAACUAUUUGUCGUAAUUGUUCAUCAACA